GAUUCACUUAAAAUAUGAAUCAGUAUGAUAUAAUGUUACUGAUUAAUAAACUUAAUUAUAAAGAAUUUAUGAUAUUUUCUACUUCUAUAUAAGAAUUGUUAAAACGGUUAUUCAUUUGAAAAAUGUUUUAUAUUCAAGCUCCUUCAGGACAAGUAUCGCUUCAUGUAUUAGAAAAAUGUGUUAUGGUCAGGUUGGAGUAUUUAAAAUUAUUAUAUGAAGGUAAAGCUGAUGAAUUUAAUGAUAAUUUUGAAUAUCUAUUGGAAAAUUCAGUUUAUGAUAAAGUUGGACAUUUCACAUUAAGAUUGUUAGCAUCAACUUCACAAGAUCUCUAUGACUAUUGGAUUGCCAGAGAGAUACUUUUUUUCAAAACUAGACUGAAUCAUAUUUUACCAAGACAAUUGUAUAGAUUACUAAGAAGCAUAUUAUGUCAAUUAAGAUUAUUUCCAAAUAAGGAAAAACUAAUUAAUAGAACGUUGAUUGAUUUAUGCAAUUUGUUUUUAAAACCCUCUGUUUUUAAACAUCUUGUAUCCAAAAGUAAUACAGAAAAUUGUAGGCUUGUUGAAGCUAAAGUGAGAUAUGAAUUGGUACCAGAUUUAAUAAGGAAAAGGAAAUUAGAUUUAAAUGCAGGAUUUGCUGUUGUACAUUGUUCAAAAUGGAAAGAAGUAAUUUUAUCCUUAUUUAAAACUUACAUAACUAAAGAGUUAAUGUUAAUGAAAACAAAUGCCCAGUGUACUAUAAAUCAAGAUAUUAGACUUGACUACCUGUAUCAAAAAGUUCAUUGUAAAAUAUUUCAAAAUAGUCAUAUACACGGACGUAUAUCUAAAGACAAUAUAGAUAUUGAAGCUAAAAAUUUUCCACUUUGUAUGCAACAUUUGCAUAUGAAAUUACGAAAUGUGCAUAGACUUAGUCACUACGCUCGUUGGCAUUAUAGUCUAUUUUUAAAAGAUGGUGGAAUGCAUCUAGAAGAUGCUAUAAAUUAUUGGAAAGAAGAGUAUUCUAAACCUCACUCUUGUUCUUCCAUCUGUUCACACAAUUGGCAAUCAAACGAAAAAAAAUUUAUAUAUAGUAUUAGACACCUUUAUGGUUUAGAAGGAUCUCGUAAAAAUUACAACUCACCUAGUUGUAAAUUAAUGUCUGUAAACAUUUCUAGUCCAAUGUAUGAAGGUGGAUGCCCAUUUAAACACUUUGAUAUAAAUACUUUACAAAAUCUAUUAUGCUUAUCAUUACCAAAUGAUCAAGUAACUAAACUACUAAAAACUAUAUCUCCUCACAAUCCUCAAAACUCUUGUGCCCAAUUUUUUAAGUUACUUUCUCAAACAAAUAAUGAUAAUAUUAUUAUUGGUAGUCCUUUACAAUACUACUUAAAAAUGAUUAAUCAAGUUUAG